AUGGGAAACGCGGAGUCUACUCAAUGUCCCUCGGAGGGCGAUGCUCUCCCCGCUCUGCCGGGCGCUCUGCCAAACACCGUCGAAGAACAGAAACCUGAGGAUGAUGCGAGCGAGCCUGUCGCAAUGGUCAAAUCUCACCCGAAGUCAGAUGAGGGUGGAGCUCAUGAUGACAACGCGGAACCCUCGCAUGUGGCGCUCGAUAAGCCCCUCAAAGAUAUUCAACGCGUCCUUCCCAUUAAGGUUCUUCCCAAGACGUACGCCGACGCUACCAACCUCGCUGCACAGUUCCCAGAACUUGCCUCCAAUAUCCUUUCCUUACCUCUAGCCAGCAGUGUAGCGCCUGAAGUCUCGCAGCCGUCAGCCCAGCCUCAUUUCAGCGCGUGCGACCAGCCCAAGCACACAGCGGACAAGCCGAACUGGGCGCUUGCUCCCGACCCCGUACCCAUACUGAAAGCUUCAGCGAACGUGCGCCGGGAAUACUCCACCAAACCUAUGAAGGCGUCGCAGGGGAGGAACGCGUCCAGACUGGCUAUCGGUGGCCGACUUCGUGACCCGAGACUUGAACACAUUCCCCCGAGGAUGGCAAGGUCUGCUAAUCAGGCCCGAAUCAACGUCGAGAAUAAUCCCGCACCAGGGAGCGCCGUUCACGGAAGCGAUCCACGCAAUGUCUCUGACGGCAUCGGUGCUCGCGGCCGCGAGACUACUAGACUCGAUCUGUCCUCAACGCCUCCUAACACCACAUCUUCUGCGCUUGCCCUUGUACAGAAAGCUAUUCAGGAGACAAAGGAGGCCGGAAGGAGCGCCUCGCGACGAACCGGUCGUGCGCCUGGUCAGACCAGACCGCGGAGCCAAAACAGGGAUGGGCGUGGCCCUCAAGGGACCCGUAUCGUGGCCGAGGCUGCGGCCAGAGUUACGAGCCAAGUACCCAAAUCUGGAACUACGUCCGUGGGCCUCAAUGUACAGGUUAAGGAGGUACGGGUCUCCGUUCAGGUUCCGUCCAUCGCCGAAGCUUGCACCACCGAACAAUACAAACACGCUCAAGUCCACGCCGAAGUGUCGGGGCCGACUGAGGACCUGACUGACGAGACUGCUCCACCCGUUUCACCAGCGGUGGUAGUUGAGCAGGGCGCACCUCAGUCAGAUGAAGACCGCAAGCGAAUGGAGACUGCGGAUCUCGGCACCACUGCCGUGUCGCCUGUAAUCGCCGUCGCCGAGGUAAAGGACCUAUCUGAACCCGGGGUUGAAGAGAAGACGGUGGUUUCUAUCAAGGCUAUGGACUCCACCCGCCGUACCACGACGGAGUAUAUUCGUCGACGGGCGAGGGAACGCUCUUCGGGUGGUUCCGUUAAAGCAGUAGCCCCCGACCCUCUGGCUCAUACUACUUGCCUGGACCAGUCUCUGCUGGUGCAGUCUGCUCAGUCGAAGCAGGAACCUGCACUGGAGCGCAAGAGAGAGACUGUGGAGUCUCUCAUCCCCUUAUCCGUUGUUCUUGAGGAGGCAUCCAGACUCGAGACUCCCAAAUCCCCGGCGUCCGAGCCGCCGCGCCCCGUAGCCGAAUCCGCUCAGCCGACCAGCCUGGCACAUGUCCCGCCAGUGGAGACGUCGGGAUUCGUAGCGCUACCUGACCUUAUUGAGGAUAUCACACCCCCCAGCUCUCAAUCCAACACGCCCGACUCGGGAAAGACGGUCUUCCACUUUAACCCCGAGGCUAUGAAGUUCACACCGACCUCAAGCCCCACAGUGGCCAUCGCAAGAGAGUCCCCCACACUCACUUCAAUGUUAUCUCCGUCGCCUUCACCCCUCAGCUCCAUUGCGCCCCUCAAGCACAAGGUCAGACCAACCUUAUACUUUUACGCCGCCGCACCAUCUGUAGAGCCUGCACCGGUCUCACGGAGUUUCGCGAAGCCAGUGCUUCCGUCGCCGCCAGUCCGCCAGUCCGCCCCAGAGCAACAUGCAAGCAAAGACACAGGAAUCCGUGCGUUACCCCCGCGGAUGCGCGUGCCAUCCUUCGUGCCUAAGGCAUCACCUGGGACGCGAGAUGCACUCGUGCUUGCAAUCGAAUAUGCAAAGACGCAGCACCGUAUGGAGGCGGAAGCACUGGCCACGGCUGAGGCAGCCGAGGCGCGCGCUCGUGCGCUCGACGAGCAGCAGUUGAAACUGUUGCACAUGCUCUUGCCCUCUGACGCAGGUGCAGGCGGGAGUGCGAGCGGGUCCACCGCGCCGGCGCUCAGGCUAUCGAAGACGCAUGUGCGCUCGCCGACGGAGCCUGCGGGUCAGUCGAUGCAUGCUGACGACGGCGGCGCAGAUGCGUUAAGCUCGAAUGCAGCAGCGGUAGGACUUGGUGUGCAUCGCGGGUCUGUUGCGCCUGCAACAAUGAGCCGUGCGUCGGUCGGUGGCAGGGGGUCAGGGGGUCGGGUGCUGCCGACGAAUCGAGGCCACGCAGCGAGAGCAGGCCGAGGCCGUGUCGGAUGUUGA